AUGGCUGGCCCCACUGAUGUUUUUGAUGGAGGCGCAUCUGCAGUCAACGAGUUGAUUGACUCUUCCGAAGAUGAAAUGGACACCACCACCGCCAAUGCACCUCUGACCCCCGAAGUUCGUGUUGAGGAUCAUGAUGAAUUUUGGAUCGCUCCUCCUUUCGCAAGCGCAGAAGAUGCCUCUGGCUACCCCCUGUUAUUGGAAGACCAGCAAGUGUUCACUGAUCAUCCAGCACCUUCGAAAGCACAUGGAUUGAAUGAAUCGGACAAGCCUGAUGGAGGUCCGUUGACUUCGACGAACAGCAUAUUUGUCUCCACGACGCAUGAGCCAGUGAUAUCUCAAAGCAAAAGUCAACCUCCGAGAAAGCGAACAAAGGUGACCCUCGACCCAGAAAGCCUACCCGACCCAGACGAGGAGCUCAACGAGGAACAAAUUGCGCUGAUCUGCCUUCAGCCUCCAAAGCUGCGUCAGCGGUAUCGUCACUACUUCUCCAAUGCUGGGAUCCUUCGCGCUGCUUAUAGCAAGAUCCUCUCGGAGCGACUUCCAAGCGGUGAGAUGCGGUUCUCAGAGGAUGUUCGGCGAUCGUGUCUACCCAAAAAAAGGAUUCGAUCAGACGGCUUGAAGCUUGACGACCCUUCUCGAUCUUCCGUUGGUCAGACUCGCAAGCGAAAAGAAGGAGAGAUCUCCUUGACGGGCCUCAACGACAAAGACAUUCCAACCAAAAAGUCGAGAACUCUUCACCAGAAAUUAGGAAGGAUCUCACAAAGAGACAUCACAAGUUUGUCCCCGAUACUGGAUACCGGAACUGUCCAUGGCCGCCAGAUGGAACCUUCAACUAGCCACCCAAAAGAUCCCGGUACUGCUCAGGUGGCCGACUUGGACACACAUGGUCCCGAGCCUGCCUCGGAAACAGAUGGUCAGCGCUCUUCCAAACCGAUUGCUGGACAGACACCAAACAAGAAUAAGUCGGCGGCAAAUCGUCAAGGUGAACAUGACAGUCACCCAUUGGAGAGACCCACGGGGUCGACGCCGCCAGACUUUGCUGGAUCUGCAGAUCAAUCUGAGCACGAGCUAGGACUGCCUCAACUUUUGGACCCAGCUUUCCUGGAAUGCUUUUCCUAUUUCCUCACUCGUGAAGUUCAUCGGUUGGAUUACGCCAUUUUCCGCGCCGAGCGUGAUCCGGCCACUCGCAAACACGCAGACAUUUUGCGUCAGCACUGGCUGGCUUUGGUUGCUUUUCGUGAUUCAUGCAUACGUAUUGAGAUGGAGCAGAUAUCAGCCAAUGCAUCGGCUGAAGAUUAG